AUUUCAAAAGUAAAGUAUUCCCACAUAAGAGGCACUGACAAAUUAUCUACCAGUGAUGUGUAUAUUUUGCGAAAAGAUUUGUACAAUAUAACCGAACUGCCAUCGACACCCGAGGCUUUGGCAUCUUGCAACUUGCUCAUACGGGUUCAGUUACAUGCAGUUUUAUCUUGUGUUUAUGCAGCUUGCAAGUCGACUGGAGACUGCUUUCAACACCAACAAUGUUACCUCAGUUUUUCUAUUGAUUAUUGGGGAGAAAUCAUCAUUGUCUCUGAUCGACCAACUGGAUGAAAUUGCAUGCAGGGAUUUGCAUAAAAAUGAAUUUAAAAAUGUUACACUGAUAUUACGGGCUCUUGAACAAGUGAUGUACAAACACGAAGACUGCAUGACGCAGCUGGUCUCUGGGGGGUUAAUGAUCAAGAUAAGUGAUUUAUGUUUUAUUUGUGUACUAUGCAUUUGUGUACUAUACAUAAUGUAUUUAAUUCAGUCAUCAGAUACAACUGAAUACCAGACCAAAUUUAUAAAACGUUGGUGUGUUUAUUUAUUUAUUUAUUUUUAGGUGGAAUGUAAUUGGGGACUGAUUUUUUUUUUCCCCUAGUUGCUCAUAUAUUUAUUGUUUGUACAUUAAAAAUGUAUCAUAAAUUUACCCAUCCUUUCAGGGGGAGGAGGAGAUUUAAUAGGUUAACAUAAUGUUUUUUUCCCCCAAACAUGCUAAAUUGGUUUGAGAUGGUUUGUGAGCAUCUAAAGGUGCAUGAGAAACUAAAUAAAGCUCCAAUGCGGAUCGUGGAAGUGUUCUUUGAAGUGUCAAUGAGACUUUGCCAGAGCAGCAGUGAAGGCAGCACUAAGAUUUUGGAAAUUUUUAUACUGAGGUUUGGUGCUGUUGUGAUUGACCAAAAUGUACAUUUCAGUCUUCGUCUAGAGGCCAUUAAGACAAUAAAUUCAAUGCUGGACAGUGCUUCAAAAGAGACUCGCAAAAAAAUAUGUCAGUCUGAUCAUAGUUCUCUGCUAGCGGAGUUUGCUAAUGCAAUAAUUGAUGUUGGUGAUUAUGAAAUGCAGGUGGCUAUUUCUGAGGCACUCUGUCGGAUGACGCCCAAGAAACAAAGGGAGGAACUGGCUGGCAAGUGGUUCAGCUACAGAAGCUUUGCUUCAACUUUCAUAACAAUAAGGGUUAAAGAGUUUGAAACAGAUUGUAGGAUAUUUCUGAAUGAACUCAACAGUUAUUUUGGAAGCUCAAGAAGAGUGUUUUCAUAUCCAUGCCUAAGGGCAUUUCUAGACACCACUGAGUUGUUUAAACCUGAGGAUGAACUUUUGCAGAAGUUCUGGAUAGACUUCAACAUUGGGACAUCUUGCAUUGGCUUCUAUGUAAAUGACGCUCAAGAAACCCUAUGGGAACUUAUUAAUUUGCCUAUAGAAGCUGUAAGUUCAUACAAUCUACAAGAAUGUGGUGAACAGAAGAUUUUGAGUGUUCACAUGUCUCUUCCUGUGUCUCAUGGGAAGAUCACUGGAAAAAUGGUGCAGAUUACUUUUGACUGUAGGCAUGACAUUCAAACUGCUUUGAAAAAAGUCUAUGCUGAGGUAGCUGAAUUACAGCUGAUGGAUACCAUAAAGCAUUCUGCAUUUAGUCAGGAAGAUUCAGGGAUUCAAACCACUCCGUCUGAAAUUAAAAAUACAUUCACCAGUACUCCUUUGACAGAGACUACAGGAAGAGCUCAAGUGGCACAAGCUAAAGACAUUGUCUUCAGUCAGUCUGUCUCUUCAAAUGGGUCUGUCAGUUCUGUUAAGUCGUUUCCAUCUGCAAAAUCUACACAAAAGAGGAAAAUUAGGAUGUUUCACUCAGAAAGUGACAGCUGUGUGUCUGGUGAGAGACCUUUCCUUCAGUGUGACUACACCAGGAAAAAGAUGCGGCUGAAAAGUAAACUCAAAGUUCUCCCCCUUUCCUCACCAAGUAGUAAUGAGGAAAUGUACUUUAAGGAAUCAACUCCUAAACACAGAGUCAGAGAGAGGUGUCAAGGAAUGGAUGGGAAGCAGAAUCUGGAUCUUUCCCACCAAACCAAGGAGUCUGUUCUGGAUUCAAACUUUGAGAAUCUUUAUCAAACAGAAAUGAAUUUGGGUUGUGAUGCUGGAGGUGAGGAGCAGCUUUCUAUCCCUACACUCAAACCCAGAAAACUAUUCAUCUCCCCCUCGCUGGAGAGUGCAAAUGAAGCAAUAACCCAAGCAUUGCUGGAAGAUGAUGAAUCUGAGGCAGAGCUGAGUUCUGGAGUCAUGGCAGCCUUUGAUUCCUUUAAAGCUCAGCUAAAAGAACAUUUUUCUUCUAGGUAUAAGAAGACUGAAACAAAGUCACUGAAAUCUUUGACUGACUGCCAGAAAACUGUAUCCUCUUUGUUAAAAACUGUGCAUGAUCAAAGGCUUAUUCACUUGGAAUGCUUCCAAAAUGCUGUAGUACAGCAGCUGGGUCAAUUGGAGCAGAACUGUCUUUCCCUAAAGAACAUUGAAAGAGAAACUGUGGGUUUUUGGAAGUCGGUGUCUGAUACUGUGACAGUGUUCUGUGAUAAACAGCAGAAGAGGUUGGAUUCUCUAGAGGUUUUAAGAGAGGAUGUCCAUGCCAACCAAAGCCAAGCAGAGGAAAGAGAAACAAUGGAUAACGUGUCCACUGCAGUUCCAGUUGCAGAGACCCAAGACAGCCCUAGAGAAUGAGAAAUUUGUCCAAGCACAGAUUCCAGCUAGAAAACUACACAUGAAUAUUACAACUUUGAUCAUUGCAUAAUUUAUAUUUGUGUGAAUUACAUUAUUUGUAUUCAAAUGUAUUGUUUCAAUCAAUUUGUUUACACAAAAGUUUGUUUAAAUAUUAUAUAAUGUGUGAAAAAAGCUGAUGAAAACAAGCAUGUUUCACUAAGUGACAUUUACCUUGCCUUGUGAUGGGGUAAACAUUUUUCAAACUAUAUUUUGCAUAUCUUUAAUUUAAAAAAAAUAUAUAUAAAGAACAUUACACACUGAAUGUGUGGCAAUUAAAAAUAAAUAAAAAAUGUUGAAUU